AUGGACGCGAAUGCAAGGUCUCAAAACUGCACCCCAUCUGUCAACAGAUGUCACAACUUGGUGGACAUUUGUCUCGGUCCGAUAGAUUCUUCGUCUAGCAUGGCAUUAUUUCAUUUCGGAAAGCUAUCAAAGAUAACACAACAGCUGCAAACAAUUUACGAUCCUGUCUUGCAGCUACGCAUUGUAAAUGAGUCCAUCGAUGCUAUCACAAUCGAAAAGACGCAAAAUGUACUUGAGGAUUGUGAAAUUCUGAAAGAUGGUGUGGAUACGUCUACUAAUCGACUUGAGCAAGCCGAACGGGAUAUACGCAGUUACGUGUCUACCCUAAAUAAGAGGCCGAUUGACGCCUCCUUGGUAAAAUCGGAACCAGAAGAUGUCGUGAAUACCCUGCGAUCUCAUCUUGACAAGGUCAGAGAAUACUUGGAGAGGAUAGAAGAAGUGGCGAAAUUCGUGGAAAGUCAUGUAUGCAUACCUUACAAAAAGCAAAAACGGAUCACUCCGGACAUCAAAGAAUCGGCAGGUGGACAUCUCAGUAACGAAGAUCAAGCAUGGGACGAAGAUUCCAGUUCUGAGUGCGAAGUCGAAGCCCUUCGAGAUUGGUGUGAGGCGGUUCAGGAGGUUUCUUUUACGGAGGACGAGAUAAGCUCUGCCUAUCGGGCUGCACAACACUCUAACCGCAAUUUUUUCAACGUCUUGCUCCAUGGCAGUGGGUAUGAGCCGGAUUUGCCCGAGGGUCCACUCCUAGCAGUAGAGCUGAAAUCUGCACCACAAAUUCGCCAAACACCAUCGCCGGCCGCGUCUCCGAACCAACGGAUGCAUUUCGACGAAUCUGGUGAAUUCAUGUUGAGCUGCCAUUUUGUUGUCAGGAGCAUUCAAAAUGGCUUCCCCGUGCUGACAAACUCAGUCAGGCAUGAUAAUGGAGAUAAAAUUUAA